GUGCAGUGAUUCAGCGAGUGCGUUGGCCUUUGGCUGAGAGUUCUGUGAUUGUCCCAUAAAAUUGCCCCGAAGUGAAUGCAAUUUUCAUCCAGUUCAUCCAGCUAAUAAGUGGGAGGAUCGGAUACAGAAACAGAUACUGCUCGCAGGAAUCAAUGGCCAAGUAGAUGGCCUUUGCCCAGUGCCCAAUGCCGAGGGAUCGGUGUCGGUGUCAGUGUUGAGUGCUCGGUGGGAAAAUGUUAUGAGAAUUUUUGUCGUCGCUCGUGUCGCUGUGCGUGUGUCCGAGGAGAAGAUCACUUUAAAAAUAACAGAUUUGUUUGAUGCUAUUUAUAAAAGGCGGGCCAAGUUUUCGUUCCGUUUCGCAUUGUGAGGCUUUUGGCGUAACGUUCAGUUUUUGAAUUUUGGUUUUCGGAUUUCGUUGUCGUCUAGUACCCGUACUCGUAUGCACUUGAAAAAUCCAUCCGAAUAUCACAAAAAAAUUAAUUCGUGCGCGUGUGUUUGUUUGGGUCGCAAUGUAAACAGCCAAAAUGGCAAGCGAUCUGAUCGGCACAAAUUUCACCAGCACAUUGUCAAAUGGGAUGUCGGGGUGUGAUCAAAGCACUGUCGAAUCAUUGGCCGAUGAUCCAACAGAUUCACCAUUCGAUGCCGAUGAUUGUCUCAAGGUGCGCAAGUACUGGUGCUUUCUGCUGUCCAGCAUCUUUACAUUCCUUGCUGGUCUGCUCGUGGUGCUGCUAUGGCGAGCCUUUGCGUUCAUCUGCUGCCGCAAGGAGCCCGACCUGGGGCCCAACGACCCCAAGCAGAAGGAGCAGAAGGCCUCCCGCAACAAACAGGAGUUCGAGGGCACCUUUAUGACAGAAGCAAAAGACUGGGCUGGAGAGCUUAUCUCGGGUCAAACAACAACUGGUCGAAUUUUGGUCGUACUCGUAUUUAUACUCAGCAUUGCAUCCCUCAUUAUAUACUUUGUUGAUGCAUCUAGCGAAGAAGUCGAAAGAUGCCAAAAAUGGAGUAAUAACAUUACUCAACAGAUCGAUCUCGCAUUCAAUAUAUUUUUUAUGGUUUACUUUUUUAUACGAUUCAUAGCGGCGUCCGAUAAGCUUUGGUUUAUGUUAGAAAUGUACAGUUUUGUAGAUUAUUUUACAAUACCCCCGUCCUUCGUAUCAAUAUAUUUAGAUCGAACAUGGAUCGGUCUUCGAUUUCUUCGAGCGCUACGUCUCAUGACUGUUCCAGAUAUUUUACAAUACUUAAACGUACUAAAAACAUCGAGCUCCAUACGCUUGGCUCAACUAGUAUCAAUUUUUAUAUCCGUGUGGUUAACAGCAGCGGGCAUUAUACAUCUGCUGGAGAACUCUGGCGAUCCGCUGGAUUUUAAUAAUGCUCAUCGUUUAUCGUAUUGGACCUGUGUCUAUUUCCUAAUUGUGACCAUGUCAACGGUAGGAUAUGGUGACGUUUACUGUGAGACUGUCCUGGGAAGAACAUUUCUCGUGUUCUUUCUGCUCGUCGGCUUGGCAAUGUUUGCCAGCAGUAUACCGGAGAUAAUUGAACUCGUCGGUAGUGGCAAUAAGUAUGGCGGUGAACUGAAAAGAGAACACGGAAAGAGACAUAUUGUGGUGUGCGGUCAUAUAACGUACGAGUCCGUGUCGCAUUUCCUGAAGGACUUUCUCCACGAAGAUCGGGAGGACGUCGAUGUCGAAGUGGUCUUUCUCCAUCGUAAACCACCCGAUUUGGAACUUGAGGGUUUGUUCAAACGUCAUUUUACCACCGUGGAAUUCUUCCAAGGAACCAUUAUGAAUCCGAUUGAUCUGCAGAGGGUUAAGGUACACGAAGCCGAUGCCUGCCUGGUGCUAGCUAACAAAUAUUGCCAAGAUCCCGACGCAGAAGAUGCUGCCAACAUCAUGAGAGUAAUCUCGAUCAAAAACUACAGCGACGACAUUCGAGUCAUCAUCCAACUGAUGCAAUACCACAAUAAGGCCUAUUUGCUGAACAUACCAUCGUGGGACUGGAAACAGGGCGACGAUGUCAUUUGCUUGGCCGAGCUGAAGCUGGGCUUCAUAGCCCAGAGCUGUCUGGCUCCUGGCUUCUCGACGAUGAUGGCCAAUCUGUUUGCCAUGCGAUCGUUCAAGACGUCGCCAGACAUGCAGUCUUGGACAAAUGAUUACCUGCGCGGCACUGGCAUGGAAAUGUACACUGAAACAUUGAGUCCCACAUUUAUUGGAAUACCAUUUGCUCAGGCCACUGAACUGUGCUUCUCCAAGCUGAAGCUCCUGCUGCUCGCCAUCGAGAUCAAAGGGGCUGAGGAGGGGGCCGACAGCAAGAUUUCCAUUAACCCGCGUGGGGCCAAGAUCCAGGCCAACACGCAAGGAUUCUUUAUAGCACAAAGCGCCGACGAGGUGAAGCGUGCCUGGUUCUAUUGCAAAGCCUGUCACGAGGACAUCAAGGACGAGACGCUGAUCAAGAAAUGCAAAUGCAAAAACUUGGCCACCUUCCGGAAAGGCGUCCGAGCCGUACAAAUGGUUGGGCGUGCAAAAGACGAUGAAUACUCGUUGUCAAAUGAACACCAUCCUGCACCCACAUUUACGCCACCAGAGCUACCCAAGCGGGUGCAUGUGCGUGGAUCUGUAUCGGGUGAUAUCACACGUGACAGAGAAGAUACCAAUCUACUCAAUCGCAAUUUGCGCCGUCCGAAUGGCACUGGCAACGGCACAGGUGCCAUGCACCACAUGAACAACACUGCCGCGGCGGCGGCUGCGGCAGCCGCGGCCGGGAAACAGGUGAACAAAGUGAAGCCCACGGUGAAUGUCAGCCGGCAGGUGGAGGGCCAGGUGAUAUCGCCCUCACAGUACAACAGGCCGACGAGUCGCAGUUCCGGCACGGGUACACAGAAUCAAAACGGCGGCGUUUCAUUGCCAGCCGGCAUUGCGGACGACCAGUCGAAGGACUUUGACUUCGAGAAGACCGAAAUGAAGUACGACUCGACGGGCAUGUUCCACUGGAGUCCGGCAAAGAGCUUAGAAGACUGCAUACUGGAUCGCAACCAGGCGGCCAUGACGGUGCUGAACGGCCAUGUGGUCGUCUGCCUGUUCGCCGAUCCCGAUUCGCCGCUUAUCGGGCUGCGGAACCUGGUGAUGCCAUUGCGGGCGUCCAACUUCCACUACCACGAGCUGAAGCACGUGGUGAUCGUGGGAUCGGUGGACUACAUUCGGCGGGAGUGGAAGAUGCUGCAGAACCUGCCCAAGAUCUCGGUGCUAAACGGCUCGCCGCUGAGUCGCGCCGAUCUGCGGGCGGUUAACGUCAAUCUAUGUGAUAUGUGCUGCAUACUGUCUGCGAAAGUUCCUAGCAACGAUGACCCAACGCUGGCCGACAAGGAGGCGAUCCUCGCCUCGCUGAACAUCAAGGCCAUGACCUUCGAUGAUACGAUCGGUGUGCUAAGCCAGCGCGGACCGGAGUUCGACAACCUGAGCGCCACCGCCGGUAGCCCCAUUGUGCUCCAGCGGCGUGGCUCAGUCUAUGGCGCCAAUGUGCCCAUGAUAACAGAACUGGUCAAUGAUAGUAACGUGCAGUUUCUCGAUCAAGACGACGACGACGAUCCAGAUACAGAACUAUAUCUGACGCAGCCAUUCGCCUGCGGCACAGCCUUCGCUGUGAGUGUGUUAGACUCGCUGAUGUCCACGACCUACUUCAAUCAAAACGCCUUAACGCUGAUCCGCUCAUUGAUAACGGGCGGAGCCACGCCCGAGCUGGAACUGAUCCUGGCAGAAGGUGCUGGCCUCCGGGGAGGCUACAGCACCGUGGAGAGUCUGAGCAAUCGGGACAGGUGUCGAGUGGGACAAAUUUCACUCUACGACGGACCCCUGGCUCAGUUUGGUGAGUGCGGAAAGUACGGAGACUUGUUCGUGGCUGCCCUGAAAUCGUACGGAAUGCUGUGCAUCGGGCUAUACCGAUUUAGGGACACCAGCUCCAGCUGUGAUGCGAGCAGCAAACGUUAUGUAAUAACCAACCCACCCGAUGACUUUUCACUACUGCCAACAGAUCAGGUAUUCGUUUUAAUGCAAUUCGAUCCGGGCCUGGAGUACAAGCCGCCAGCGGUACGAGCACCCGCCGGUGGGCGAGGCACCAACACACAGGGAUCCGGGGUCGGUGGGGGCGGCUCCAACAAGGAUGAUAACUCUUGAUUGUUACUGUGUAGCGCCUUAACUGAUGGUCCUUAUUCGUACAUUUGAACGAUGGAGAAGUUAAUUAGAGGCAGAGCAUCGCAUUUAUGGCACAGCAUCCACUACCUAUUGGCAUAAGAUUAUCGCUAGCAGAUCGGCAAGAGCAAAAGAAAAAGACAUAUUUGUAUGUAAUCGAUUGUAAGGUGUACUCUGUACAAAAUGGAAAUCAAAAGCGUAAAUUAGUUAGAGAUACGAACACUGCGUGCCAGAAAGUGUGCUGCUCUGUCCUUUUAUAUGUGUGGAGGAAGGCGAAAUCCGGUGUAUUUUGUCCAUCCUAGCCAACAAUCAAGAGACAACCACUACCACAGACGAUCAGAACAGCAACCGCAACGUUAACUGCAAGUGCAACUGCAACGUCAAGGGCCAUGCCGCCUCUCUCCACAUAUAUAAAAGACCGAUUCAGAUAUGGGGGAAUCAAGACCUGUCGCCCCAAAGUCCAUCGUUCAAUUGCCAACUGAUUGCUUCCCACAUCAUUCCGUAUGCCUUUUUAGAACCUUGAAAUUAUCAUAUUCUAUAUUCUAUAUACUUAUAAUUUUAAUCUUUAUCUAUGUACAUUGGUUUAUCUUAUCUUGUUUAUCUUUCCUUGUAUAUUUUGUUUUGUAUUUUAUUCCCAAGUCCCCAAUAAAAUAUUAUGUUAUUAUUUGGA